CUCGAACACAAUCUGCAAGACUUCUGUCAGAGCAGCAGGCUGAGUUAGUGCGGCGAGCAAUUCUGUAAAGUUGUCUUUUUGUCGCUAAAUCACUUCUUCGCAGCCAUGACAAAACUGUCAGAAGGCGCCAUUGAGGCCCUGUCUAAUGGCGUCACCUGCAACGAGCCUGUGCUCCAGCUGGUGCACAUUCGCAAGAUUGAUGGAGGAAACGGUCCGGCUCGCUAUCGGGUGCUGAUGAGCGAUGGACGACACACCAUGUCAUCCUUCAUGCUCUCCACGCAGCUGAACUGCAUGGCGGAGGACAACAGGCUGUCGCCAAACUGCGUGUGCGUCCUGAGGAGGCACGUGACCAACAUCCUGAAGGAUGGACGACGAGUGGUGAUCAUUUUGGAGCUGGAUGUUCUGAAGCACGCUGAAGAGGUUGCUGGUAAAAUAGGCGAUCCCACACCUUACACUGAAGGUCAGAGUAAAGGCCCUCAGACAGCAGCUCCGGCCCCUGAAGUCCGAGCUCCACUGCAGCCGCAGAACAGAAACGAGGUGAACAGAGGCUUCAACAGAGACUUUGGGAAGAAGGCGCCGUCCGCCAUGCCCAGCACCCCGGGGGGAGGCUCCAAAGUGGUGCCCAUCGCCAGCCUCAACCCGUACCAGUCCAAGUGGACGGUUCGAGCCCGCAUCAUCAACAAGAGCAGCAUCCGCACCUGGAGCAAUACCCGAGGCGACGGCAAGCUCUUCUCCAUGGAGAUGGUGGACGAGAGCGGGGAAAUCCGAGUGACGGGAUUCAACCAGGAGGUGGACAAGUUCUACAGCCUGGUGGAGGUUGGCAAGGUCUACUACGUGUCCAAAGCCUCCCUGAAGAUCGCCAACAAGCAGUACACCUCCGUCAAGAACGACUACGAGAUGACGCUCAACGGGGAGUCCACCAUCAUCCCCUGCGACGACGGCGGCGACGUUCCCAUGGUGCAGUGCGAGUUCGUCACCAUCGCCGACCUGGAGAGCAGAGACAAGGACGCCAUCGUGGAUGUGAUCGGAGUGUGCAAGAGCGUGGACGAGGUGACCCGGCUGACCACCAAGGCCAACCGCGAGGUGUCCAAGAGGACGCUGAACCUGAUGGACAUGUCGGGGAAGGUGGUGACCGUCACGCUGUGGGGGGAGGAGGCGGAGAAGUUCGACGGCUCCGGGCAGCCCAUCGUGGCCAUCAAGGCGGCCAAGCUGUCGGACUUCGGGGGCCGCUCGCUGUCGGCGUCCUUCAGCAGCACCUUGAUGAUCAACCCGGACAUCCCCGAGGCCUACAAGCUGCGAGGCUGGUACGAUAAGGAGGGCCACGCUGUGGACGGCCAGUCCCUCACCGAGUUGAGAGGCAGCGGCGGCGGCGGGAACACCAACUGGAAGACUCUGACCGACGUCAAGACGGAGCAUCUGGGACACGGGGAGAAGGCGGACUACUACAGCUGCAUCGCCACCAUCGUGUACCUGCGCAAGGAGAACUGUCUGUACCAGGCCUGCCCGAGCCAGGACUGCAACAAGAAGGUGGUGGACCAGCAGAACGGCAUGUUCCGCUGCGAGAAGUGCGACCGCGAGUUCCCCAACUUCAAGUACCGCCUCAUCCUGUCUGCCAACAUCGCCGACAGCGGGGACAACCAGUGGGUGACGUGCUUCCAGGAGAGCGCCGAGGCCAUCCUGGGGCAGAACGCCGCGUACCUGGGGCAGCUCAAGGACUCGAACGAGAGCGCCUUCGACGAGGUCUUCCAGAAUGCCAACUUCAACACCUUCGUCUUCCGCAACCGAGUGAAGCUGGAGAUGUACAACGACGAGUCCAGGAUUAAGGCCACGGUGGUGGACGUGAAGCCGGUGGACCAUAAGGACUACAUCAAGAGGCUGAUCAUGAACAUCCGCAAGCUGGCGGCCCAGUAGGGCCACCUGUGUGUCCAGCCACCACUCAGUUCUACGUGGAACACAGAGCCGUCGUAGUCUUUCUUUUCCUUCCUCUUCUCCUCUGACUCAGUCCCGACGGAUGUGUGAUGAAGUGACGCUCACCCCGGCUGAGCGGAGGAAUGUUUGCUGAUCUGAUUCUUCUGAGGAGGCCGGCUCGGAGACGCUUUCUUUUCGUGGCUUACUGACCCACUCUCUCCUGUCUGAGGCCGGCCAGCUGUUUGAGUGUGUGUGUGCGUGUGUGCGUGCGCGAGGCCGACUGCCGCGCUCUCAGAACGGCUGGGCUGGACCUGCACGUCCCCGACAAGACCUGGUUCCUCCCUCUGUCACGUGCACGGUGCAGACCUGAUGGAAGACGUUCUGAAUCCUAUUUAAGUAGAUUUAAGGUGAUUGUGUUUCAUAGGUUUGUUUUUUGUUGUUUUUGUGUGUAUGUGAUGAUCGGCCAAGACAAUAAAAG